UGUGUGUGUUAGAGUGGGAGGACAGCCCCAGCCGGUGAAGGUUGGGAAGCUCAUCUGAUUCUCCGCAGAAGCUCUCUCUCUCUGCUAGCCGGUUAGCACCAUGGCCAACGUUGCGGACACCAGGCUGUACGAUAUCCUCGGAGUUUCACCUACUGCCCCUGAAAGCGAACUAAAAAAGGCGUAUCGCAAAUUGGCCAAAGAGUACCAUCCUGACAAGAAUCCUGAUGCUGGUGACAAGUUUAAAGAAAUAAGUUUUGCAUAUGAGGUGCUGACAAACCCAGAGAAGAAGGAGCUUUAUGAUCGCUAUGGAGAGCAGGGACUUCGGGAGGGAGGCGGAGGGGGCCCCGGCAUGGACGAUAUCUUCUCUCACAUUUUUGGUGGAGGUCUCUUUGGUUUCAUGGGUGGACGUGGCAGUCGAAGCAAUGGGGGCAAGAGGAGAGGGGAGGAUAUGGUGCACCCUCUGAAAGUUUCCCUUGAGGACCUGUACAACGGAAAAACUACAAAACUGCAGCUUAGUAAGAAUGUAUUGUGUAGCGCCUGUAACGGUCAAGGGGGUAAGGCAGGAGCGGUACAGAAAUGUGUGACAUGCAGAGGAAGAGGAAUGAAAAUCAUGAUCAGACAGCUGGCACCAGGGAUGGUACAGCAAAUGCAGUCCGUCUGCACCGACUGCAACGGAGAGGGGGAGGUGAUAAAUGAGAAAGACCGCUGCAAAAAGUGUGAGGGACAGAAGGUUUGCAAGGAGACAAAACUACUAGAGGUUCAUGUGGACAAAGGUAUGAAGCACGGACAGAAGAUCACCUUCUCUGGGGAAGCUGACCAGGCACCAGGUGUGGAACCUGGAGAUAUAGUCCUUGUUCUUCAGGAGAAAGACCAUGAGGAAUUUCGACGUGAUGGCAAUGACCUUCACAUGGUGCAACGCAUUGGCCUUGUUGAGGCACUGUGUGGCUUCCAGAUCACCAUCACACACUUGGAUGGACGCCAGCUGCUGGUCAAAUAUCCACCUGGCAAGGUCAUUGAGCCAGGUUGUGUUCGAGUCGUGAAAGGAGAAGGAAUGCCUCAGUACAGAAAUCCAUUUGAAAAAGGAGAUCUUUACAUCAAGUUUGAUGUUCAGUUCCCAGAAAGCAACUGGAUCAGUCCUGACAAACUGAAUGACUUGGAGAACCUUCUUCCAGCCCGUGCUGACAAUCCUGACAUCGCUGCAGAUGCUGAAGAAGUCGAUCUCGCAGAAUUUGACAGAAGUCAAGGUUCUGGCUGUGGAGGCAGGAGAGAGGCGUAUAAUGAUAGCUCUGAUGAUGAAGGGGGCCAUCAUGGCCCGGGGGUGCAGUGUGCGCACCAGUAGAAAGACUCAUACAUAGACUUUCAAAAAAAGAAACCUUCAAGUUCCAUUAUUAGCACUACUCGAUACCUGAUGCACACACACCUUUCUCUUUCAUGCCUCCAGUGACAAGGUAAUGCAUAAAAUCCUAAUGAAAAAAAAAAAACAAAGUACACUAGUCUCCCUUGUCAGUUCCAUGGUCCCAAUGCCUCCUCAGAGUUCCUGGUUGGGUAAAGAAAGCCUUUAGAUUAAGUUUGUAAAGUCCUGAAUGCAAGGUAGGCUUUUUUCAUCCUAGGAUUAACCCCUCUGUAAAACAGUUUGGUCUGAAACUUCAAAUUCUGGCAAAUAUUUAAAAUUGGCAUAAUUCAUCCAAAAGAAGCUUGUACUGUUUUCUUCUAGUGGCCAUGGCGACUAGACUGAAACCUGUAUAGUUUUUAAGACAUUUGAGUCAGCUAAUCAGAUUAGAAAACCAUCCAAAAAUAUUUAACCAGCCUCUAAUUUAUGAUACAGUAGUUCAACCUCUGGUUGUGCUAUGACAUUCUGUAAUUUGCUUGUUUUUUUUCUUUUCAGUUUCUAGUAGUUUCAAAACAAUUUUUAAAGCACCUGGCGCAUUUGAAUUUUAUUUUUUCCCAUUUUUCUGGAAUGUAAACUUUAUCUUGUUGGUGUGUAUACGUGUGUUUGAAACCACAAGCCUUGCAGAUUUUAUUAGUGUUGAUGACACACUUUGUUUGAAAUGCAGUGGCCCAGUGUGUGGGAACUGUUCUAGAAUGUUCUACCUUAGUGUGCUGGUUUGUGUUACUGCUUUGUGCUAAACAGCAAGGACAUUGGAUACCAAAUAAAGUGAGAUGAGGAUGAAAAGCCUAAAUGUUCGUAUAGAAUCUGAUAUACUUAUUUCCCUCCUCUUACUUGAACUGUAUUGUAGGGAAACUGCUUUGCACACACUCAACCUUCUGUAUAUAUACAUCUUCCUAUUGUAUGGUUAUUAGCCAAACCAUCCCUCCAUCACAUGUUACAUUUUCAUAUCUGUAAAUAAAAACAGUACCAGUCAUUGCGCGCAUUUAAAAUUUACAGGGGUGUUAGUCUUGAGUUAAUUUUCUGACACAAUCAAUGUUCAACAAUUAAAUGUAAAUGUUCACACAAAAUUUAUCUGGAGCCACUCUUGGAUGUUUAAAUGCACCUCUGUGACUCAUUGUGUAUGUAACUGGCUACUAGGGUUAAUGUGCACAGUGAAAGGGAGUUCUAGUGAAUUUCAUUAUUGUUGAUGCUUAUGGUUGUCAAAGUUAUUAAAAUGUAUAUUAAACUACUGCA